GCAAGUCCUUUAUGCCCUGCGCCUCUGCCAACUGGCGGCUGCUUUUGGUCCUGAGAACCCAUUUGAGGCUGAGUGCCGCCACCUUAUCCUCGAGUCGAUGUUCGCGACGCUAACGAAUGUGAACUUUGACAACGCACGCUUCGAGGUCUACCUCAAGCAGUCUGCGGCGUUGGCAGAGAAGAUGGAGAAGAAGCUCGCAGACCACAGUGGGCCCUACCGCAAGGAGACCGGGAAACCAUUCCCUCCAGCACCUGCGAGUCUGCCGAAAGUGCUGCCGACAGACAGCAAGGCGCUUCUGGUCGCAGCCGGGCCCGCCGGACUCCUGAGCCGCUCGGAGGUGGUUUCCAACGAGGAUAUCUUUGGCGUCCUGGAAAUGUGCGUCUAUGGCCUGAAAGGUGUCAUGGCCUACUUCUACCAUGCCGAGCACCUUCAGGUGAACGAUCAGCAUCCAGCGGCGCAGGAGGAGAAGGCUGCGGCCUAUGACGAGGUGGAGCGGACGGAGGUUUACCAGGAACUCUACCGCAUCGGCGCCUUCCUUUGCAGCGCUGGCAACUCCAAGGCCACAGAGGAGACGCUCAACGCUGGACUUGGUGAGGCACUCGCACUCGGCGCAUUGAACCUAAAAGUCAUGAAGCUUCUGGAUGCCGGGCACAAUGCGGUCCUCGGAACUCCCGAGCCAACUCAGGUGAAACAGGAGCCCCCAAAAGGCCCAGCUAUCCUCGUCUCCGGCCACGACCUGUCGAUCCUGGGGAAGCUGUUGGAGCAGUGCAAAGGCCGUGGCGUCAAUGUCUACACCCACGGAGAGAUGCUUCCAGCGCAUUCUUACCCUGGUCUCAA